AGUCCGGAGGUGCUAGCUACAUGACUGUACUUCUAUUAUAGUAGUAUUAGUAUGGCGAUUCUUGGCACCAUCGUGAGCGUAACUAUUAUUACUUGACUGGAAUAUUGUAGACAAAAACAUUCGUGUUCAUUCAGCUUGCAUCGAUGAUCCCAACAGCCAAAGCCCGUCGAUUCGUGGCACUACCACGGGUUUGCCACUUCGCGUAUUACCUGGCCAUCCUCUUCUCUACCCUCAGUCAAUCAGGAUCAGCAUAUGAACAUCAUCAUAGCAGUCCACUUGUCGUCCUCCCCAAACUACGUUCAGACCGCGCAGCUCCGCAGUUCGAAGUUACGAAAGAAAAGUUGGCCCAGUAUUCUUUCGCUUUGGUCGUUCCGAGUUUAUCAGAUCCCGCAUUCCUUCAAGCUCGCAUAGGCACUGAAUUGUCCGUGGAAAGGUGGAACAAGGAGUUGGCUCCACAAGGAUUUCAGUUACGUUUGUCGCAUGUUAUUGAAUCUCAACGCAGCUCAUGGCUGACGAUUUCGUCGCUGGCGGCGGCCGUUGCGAGCCGGGACGACGAGUUGGUGGCCAUCAGCGGAUUGGUAUCAUCGGGAAUUGUUCGCGCCGUGACUCCGAUAAGUCAAGUAGCUCAGCUGGCAACGCUCAGCAUUGCAGCCAGCGAUGUAGACCUGACGGACGGAAUUGCGCCGAACUUCUUUCGUCUGAGUCAACCGAACGGCGAUCUAGCUACGGCAAUGGUGGAGGUCGUGCUGUCAUACGGUUGGACGGAAGUGGUACUGCUUCACUCGGAUUCGUUCAACGGAGCAGGAUUCCGCAGCAGGUUUCUGGAGGCAGCUGCGGGGCAUAACAUUGCAGUGAAGUUGGUUUUUGACAUUGCUGACAAUGGUGAGGAUAGUCCAUCAGCGCAGACAGAGGACUCUCUGCGUAGUGUAGCGACCAAUGGCAGUCGAAUAAUCGUCACAAGUCUUCCACUAUCGACGCUGGAACAAGUGCUGCGAGUUGCUAAGUCAUUGGAUCUGUUAUCAGCGGGUUAUGCCUGGAUCUGUGCCCAGCUAGAUACUGGUACUGGGCUAAUGAGCGAAGAGCUUGCCACAAAUCUCAAUGGAACCCUGUGGCUCAGGCCAAACGUGGGUCAAAAGGCGCGGCAAGCAUUUGUUUCACAACUCGCAAGCCGGGACGAUGCACUUGUGCCGCAUGACGACUCCGUCCUGUCCCUCCAUUCGAUGUAUGCGUACGAUUCAGUCACCGCCAUUGCACGGGCAGUUGCAAAGUGUCACGGAAAGGCUGCAGGACGUGCUGGAACUGUUACGGGAAAUACGAAAUCUUUGUCUGGACUAACCAUGCAGCCAACUGCCAUGUCAAGCUGCGUCCUCCAUUGCUUACGGUCGGUGAAAAUAACCAGUGUCACCGGGGAAUUGAUAGACUUUGCUAAGCCUGGUGAUCGCAAGGCAGCGGAGUACGACUUGGUGAACCCUUCGCAGGGGACGUCAGUGCGUGUUGGAGAGUGGACGGACCAGCGGAGACUUGAUAUAUCCACCGAUGCAGUUAUCCAAUGGCCUGGAAACAACACGCUCAGACCUACCGGCGGCCUUGUGUUUGGUCACACUCUCAAAGUGCUAGUUCCUAUUUCCAAACCAUUUGGCUAUGUCCCAGGAUUUCAGCGGACGCGAGGUUCUUCCGACAUCAUUCCCGAAUUCAACUUCACGAAUGAGGACUUUUCAGGCGUUGCCAUUGAUUUCUUCAAGGCAGUUGCGGCCCGCGCAGGCUUCCGCUACGAGCUGCAUCUGUAUCCGUUCGAGACGUGGACUAAAAUGGUUGCUCUCGUAGGCGAUGAGACUUCGCCCUGGGACAUGGCUGUGGGCAGCAUCACAGUCAACAAGGCACGCGCGCAAACAGCCAACUAUACGUGCUCCAUCUACCUGUCAGGCCUGCGCAUGCUGGUGCUGCGACCAACGGAAGUCAACUCCAGCCUGUGGGCGUUCAUCUUACCACUCGACUGGUCGCUAUGGGUGACACUAAUCGGCAUGUUCUUCUUCGUCGGUGUUUUGAUGAUUGCACUGGACCGAGAUGGGGUGACCUAUCAGAAGAACGACUGCGGGCUGCCGAUUUCUGACUCCAUGUUCUUCUCCUUCAGCAGCUUUUUCUUCACACAGGAAUCUGACAACAUCCAGAAGCCCUUUGGCCGUGUAUUCAUCAGCGUUGUGCUGUUUGUGGUACUGAUCCUGGUAGCCGCGUACACAGCUCAGCUGUCCUAUUACCUGUCGAUGCGCACGGGACAGGAACCUGUGGAGGAGUUCUCAGACCUGCACACAGAAUGGGUUGGCAUUCGCUUCGGAGGCACUAGCUACGUGUACGUCACGCAGGAGCUGGGGUUUCGGAACAUUCGCGUCGUGGGCGGCGUGGCGGAUGCGUUGGCUGCGCUGAGAAACGGUAGCAUAGCGGCGUACAUUGCUGAUAUACCGCAUCUCGAAGCAAUCGUAGCAACGGAAUGUGAUACAAUGCUGAAUGGGAGAUUGAUCUUCACGCAGCAGUAUGCCUUUGUGGCCAAGAAGAAUGCAUCCUGGCUGAGCGAGGUCGACAAAGCAAUCAGCGUGCUCCUGAAUAAAGGCGUGAUUGCCAAGAACUUUCGCGAUGCAGUGCCAAACAUGUGUCCCGAAGUGGUGAGCAUCGACACCAUCAAGCCACUAACGAUGAAAGACUUGCUCUCCCUAGUCAUACUGGUUGGUGUGACGGCAGGCGUCAGCGUUAUCGGCAAGCUCUUCGUUCUCCUGACUCGCAAGCGGCAGAGAAAGCGCCGCGUCAGCAGCCUGGCUGGUGUUGGAGCUCUGAAGCGGCCUUCCAACGCCGAGCCCAGCUCUGACUGGCCGUACAAGUCAGACUCCCGAGACUCCGGAGUUUCCAGUAUGCUCAGCGCAUCGUGCGCUUCAAGGAAUAGCAAGGAUGCAUUUAACAUGCGUCGUGCGUCUUCAUUCGGCAGCUUCAAGUUUCUUUCCGACACAGCUCCUUUAGUAUCGAAUGCACCUAAAAAUAGAGUCCUCUUCCAAAGCUCGGUGAAUGCAGGCGAGAGCACUCCACUUUCUGCUUCUUCAGACGGCGUAUUCGACUUCAAACAGACUGCUGAGACUGCACUUGUGUAGCCAUCAGCUCGCUGUCUUUCAAAGACGUCAGCUUCCCGUCAUUGAGUUUCCGUAUUUAUUUUUCAAUUCAAACCAAACUAUUGACAGAGAUAUCUCCAGCUUUAAUUUAAUUUUCGAAUAUAUUUUUGUUAGUCCAUUUAGAAUAAAUCCCAUCUUCAUUUGCGAUUUUGCUUUGGGGUCACUAUAAUUAUUGCAGCAUGCAAUUAGGAACAUUUGCUUCAAAUGAAGCUUUUUAAAAGCAAAUUGGUGCCGACCAGAGCCAUAGCCAUGGAUGCUUGCUGUGGAGUGUUUCUGUUUCUAGAAAUUUGGAAGACAUGUUUUCUGGGCUUGCUGCAUGUCCUGUAGUUAUUUGGCUGACCAGCAGUCUCAUGGUGCACCAUCACCUACUGUGGCUUGUGAUCAUGCAGAUUCACAUGUGUCACCGUAGCUGCUACCAAGUCUUCGUGCCUGACUUCUUGUUGUUGUGCAUUGUCAGAGAGCGCUGAUUUAUGCUCCCUAGUGCAUACCAAGCGGUGGUGUAAACCGAAUAGUACUCUCAAGGGCCUCUGCCAGUUAGCAACCAUGGCCAAGGGCUAGCCUAGCCU